AUGAAAAGCAGCGGCGGUAGAAGCUCCUCAUGUGUGGGUGCGCGCCGGUCCUCCGCUGUGUCAGUGGAGAAUCUUCACCAGGCCAUGUCUGAUGUGCGCACGAAGCCCUCAACAAGUACCUCUCGGGCUCUGGCGAAGGUUGCAGGGGCGGCGUUGCUCCUGCUCUUCGGCACUUCUGGUGGUCGAAGCAGCGUCCGCGCGACGUCCGCGUUGUUGAACUUGCAGCAGAAAAAGGUACUAGACUCCGUCGGUGAAGAAUUGAAGCGGACGAAAGCGCGGCGACGAACCCAUCAGAGUUCCGGGACGACGAGCGCCACUCUUGCUGGAAAAGAAAUAGACGUGGACGACGAGCAGGACGAAACCAAGUCCACUUCUGCUUCCAAGUUGGAUUUUCUCAUCAGCUUCCUGCGAGAAAAGAACCUAGUCGGAGCUGCAGGCAGCCAGGAGCUUAGUACCUCUACUGCGAGGACUUCUGCCACUUCCAAAGCCGACGCCGAACGGGAGGAGAAAAUGGCGGAGUUUCUCGAGCAAUUUACUCCGGACGCCUACCUACGCACGCCCGACGAGCUGGACUCGCUGAUGGAAACGUACCGGGAAAGUGUUCAGGUACGACGCAUAUGCAUUGCAAAUAUAGUAUGUCUGGGUCUGGAAGGAUGCAGCUUGUGAUGCUGCAUUUGGAUUCUAUAAAAAUCUGUAUUGCGAUGUGAACAGCAAAAGAGGUCCAGUUUGUGCCACGGCGAGACCGCAUUUCUCAUGCGGUAUAGGCAUCAGGAAGCCCUCACAAAGCCUGUGAUGCUGGGACAUGCAUCGCAGACAUCAGGAGUCAUGCAAAAUGUGCAUGACCACAAACCUUGCAUCCUGCCAGACCCAGACAUAUUUGCAUUUGAUAACGGAAGGAGGAAAAGGCUUCGGCUACUUCUGCAGAAGGGGAGAGGGAAGCGGGUAUGAAUGUUUUUGAUAAAGGAAUUUUUAGCUGCGAAGAUUUUCUUCACAUCGACAUCUUUCGGUGGAGGUUUUUCCUGCUAUUCGUAUUCGUCGUAUUCAGCAUAUUGAUUCCGCUCCCGGAUUGAUGCCACUCGAAGAUUUCUAGAAUUCGACUGCUUCUAAUUGCUAGCGGUUAGGCAGCGCGAAAUGCAGAAACCGAAACGAACCAUAGAUCUUGCUGAAAUUACAUUCAUUUCUUACUCUUACAACACCACCGACAUCAGCGCUGUCCGCUCCCGCUGAACAAAACCGCCUGAACAAGGGCAGCACUGGUCGACACGUGCGGCAUAUGGAGAGAAAAAAGUUUGUCACAGUCACUAACUUGGAGGUUUUGCAUUACAAAUUUUUUUUAGCAUCACAGCUUUUCCUUGUAUUGCGGAACACUAAGGUAAAUCCCGUAUGCAGUUUGGCUGUGAUGCAUGUUUACGCAUGACAGGCAUUUUUUGUAUUGCAAAAAUGCCCAUGAGUGAUCGCGACGAACUUUUUUCUUUUGAUACGGCACUACUUCGCGCGCCAGCCCAGCGAGGAAGAAAUCAAAGCGGCGAAGGAAAAACAGGCACAGGACCUGCUGUUGCGGAAGAAACGGGCGACCGCGGCAGCCGUGACGGAGCUCGAGGUGGCGCUGGACCCGGGUCUGUUCACGUUCGCACAGGCGGCCGGGGACUUUGACACGCACAGCACCGCGGACAAGGCCAUGACCUACGGGACGCACUGGGACAGCCACUUAUCAAAUGUAAAAAUGUCUGGGUCUGGAAACUUGUGAUGCUGGGUGGCGUCUCAUGAUGAGGCUGCAAAUGCUGGCUCAGCAUGACAAGUUUCUGAGCUCCUAGGUGUUGCCUAUUCUGCAUGACAAACUGCGCUUCUGCAUCACAGAAAAACGGAGCUCUUGGGUAACGUGCGUGACAGAUUUAAGAGUCAUGCCAGACAAGCAUGACAAACAUGAAUUCUUCCAGACCCAGACAUUUUUACAUUUGAUACCACUUCUACAUCAACGACACAGACCGGCUGGGGGCGAACGCCAACACGUGCAGCGGGCCCUCCUACGCCACGUUCUCCGGGUACUUUUGGUGGCAGGCACAGCUGAAGAACGGCGACACGCGGUAUGUGGAGGAGGUGCGCAUUUUCAACCGGCGGCACCACGAGUCCGAACUGGACCGAGCCAGACUCUUGGUCGACGGCGAUUCCUGGGACAGCGCGAUGGACAUCGGCUUUAUUUCCUCGGACCCCGCGAACCUGGAGGAGAGUCUGUACUCGACGGGCGGCACCGUCGUGAAGGUGAAACGGAUUCUAAACAAGUUCCGCAUCCAGGACAAGGUCCGGUUUAGUCUGUGCGGAAUUUUCGUUUACGGGGUCAUGGAGCGCUACAACAGCACCGCCCUGACCGCCACGCAGGAUUCCGCCGACGCGCAGGACGCGAACACGCACCUCUACCCUUUCAGUGCGGUUAACGGACGAUACCCCCAGCUGGCGGGCACCAUUUCAAAAACGGCGACUGGGGGCGGGAAAAAGGACCGAUACUGGCAACUCACGUUCGCAGACGGGCAAUCGAUACGCAUUGCAAAAGUUAUCGUAGACUGGUAGGAAUGAUCGCAGGACAAAUAAUUUGCGCAGCGUGAGGAGUCCUCGGAGUGGAAUUAAUUUCGAAUGCUGCCUGGUUUGGCUUAGAAAGAACAUUUUUCAUGCAGUAAGUAACGCGAUUAGCCUCACCCUCACCCUUAGUAUCUGCGUAAUAAAGCUUUUGCAGUGGAUACUCCCACUACGUGGACCAAAUUCGUCUCAUCAACCAGCGAGACACGGAUUACCUCUCCAGCCUGUCUGUCUAUUUCGACGCAGACGCCGAUGCGACACCGGCAACAAACGCCGCUUUUUCGCUGAAUGACGGAGUAGGACAUUGAAAAGUGCUACGUCAUGCACCAGAAAGGUUUGGCAUAGAUACUUCUACAAAAUUCUUGUAAAUGACAUGCAACAUGCUGUUGACAGAGAGACGUCAACUUUGAGUAUGCUGCCAAUUGUAUGUAUGCAUGGCACAACUAGGUAGUUUUAACCGUCCCACAACAACACUUCAUGAUGCGGAGACAAAAAACUUUUCCGUCCGACACCCUACCCGCACCGUCGACGGCUCCACGGUGAUUUCUGCGAGACCGGGGGGAACCAUGGUGAGGAUCGAGCGCACCUUGCGCAAGAUGAAGCUGCAGAACACCGCCGGGACGCUGGACGAUAUGGUCUCUCUCGCCGGUAUCGAAGUCUACAAAAACACCACGGUGAUCCGGUCCACCACCCCGGCCCCGGUUCCUGUGUUGGGCAAGUGCAUGUGCGUCGGGAUGUCCAAUUUUACCGACGCAAAGUAAGGAGAGUGAAAACUUCGCCUCGUGUUUUUUCGUACGUCUUUUGACUUUUUCUUUUCCUCCCUUUGUCCUGGUCAUGCACGACCGUUUCUUGCAGUCAUGCUGGUAUUGCAUGUAUUACAAAAACAAAAGCGUUGGACACGUAGCAUGACAAAGAACACGAACAGACAUUUGUGAUGCGGUUUUCCUCACCUGCAUACCACGCACGCCAUCACAAAUCCGGAGCACCAGGACUGGAUAACAGCGAAAAAUUCGGACUCCAUAGCACCCCAGCUGCAGAACUUCAGCACACAGGUGCUGGACCCGCCAAUCGAUUUUGCCAACAGCAACGACACCAUCUACGGUAUCAUUUGUAAAAACGUCCCCACAUCACCAUAGUUGUAAUGCAAUUCUGCAUGCUGAAGAUAGAUGUUUCUCAUGCGGAGCCCAAUGAGAAGCAUUUGCUAGUCGUGAUGCUGGUGAGCUAGCUAAACAGGAACACACUACGAAGCCAAACUUGUCAUGCGCAACACCCAAGCCUUGUGAACUUGUCUAGCUGAUUUUCCAUCUUGACUAUGGGGUGGGGACGUUUUUGCACAGGAUAUACGGCCGGCUUUACGAGUAUAGAGCCACUUUGAAAUAAUUAUCAUGUCCCAAUUAUUUUUUUUCUGAUCCUGCAGCAUGCACUUGCUACUCCACCACCAAGGACACACUAGAACUGCUUAAUGUUACAACCACCAUGUAUGUUGCAGCCGAGGCUUAAAAUCAAAAACAGUUGUGAUCUGAUUAGCAAAGAAUCGUGACCUCUAGCUCUAGCUCUACUGGUCUCCCCUAAACACAUAAACGAUGAAAAUAAAACUUCUAAAGGACAAAGUACGGAGGAGCGCCCAACUAUGGAGAGUAUUGCGUAUCGCUGGAAGAAGACAAUAAAAGCGCCCAAUAUGCAAUCACCAGCAGGAGCAGCAUGUUGAUCUUGAUGUUUGGCAUGGACAUGGUGAGUUGAAAUUCGUGGCGGUCACUCAUGUAGUGUUGUGAAAAUAAAUUCAGUAAGCAUGCCAUGCUUAUUGCAAUUGCAUUCUGUUUCUGGUGCAGGAAUGAUCGCGCACCAUGCCAAAUAUGCAGCAUUCCAGAUUCAUCAGUGGGACGAUAACAUUUUUCAUCUUGAUAUCCUUUCGCCUGGGAAGACAACGCCAAGGAAAACACUGCCGGUGGCGCGUAUGAUGUAGGCAAAAUUCGUCUUGCAGCAGAUGUCUCAGAUUCGUCAUGCACGACUACUAGGGGUAAACUAAAAGCAAAAGGACAAGUUAAAUCUACAAGUAAAAAUAGUUGCGACACUACAAGUAAAAAUCGGUGCCUCAAGAAGUUUUUGCCACGUGGAUACAACCGGCACUAACACGUACUACGGGAGAUCGGCUAUGAACGAAGAUUGUAACGGAACCAGUACGGACCGCCCCAAGUGGUGCAUGCAGGACUGGUGCUAUCUGAAGUAUGCCGACCCUAUCAUCGCGCCCGAUGGGGACAUUGUGCAGCGAGACGCAAACAGCGGUCCAAUGUGCGACAACGUUGCGGAUGUAACCAUCAGCAAGUAUUUAUGAGGGAGAAAAUCAGGACGCUAGAAUGGUCCUCAACACAAAUCAUCAGAAAUUCUGGUCGUCUGCAUCAUCAAAGCCCUGCGCACAACUAAAAAUUCUUCAAAGAACUACAUUAGAAUUCCUGGAGGACGAGACCACCUAUGACUUAGAAGGUAAGUACUUAUCAAAUAUUCAGAUUUUUUCCUUUCCAUACGCUUAUCCUGUGCAAAAGUAUCGUACUCGUAUAAAUGCAAGUCUUGUUGCGUAUACAAAUCUUGUUCCCAAGGCAAAUCUGCAUGACAAAUUUUAUUUCUCAUGCUGGGGGAAUUUGCAAUGCAUUUAUACGAGUACGAUACUUUUGCAAUUCAUAACGCUAAGGACUCCUUUAUCUGGUACUCCUACGAGUUUUGCUCGCAGUAG